GAAAUAGAUGAGAGAUCGAUCUUCUUCUGAAGAGUACGAUUAAAUUUUUGAUGCCAAGAAGUAAUCUCCAGCUUAGGAAAAGAAGGGCAAGAAAUAGAGUUAUACAUUUGAAGAUGGAUAAUAUUUUUUUGAUCUUACAACUUAUAAAAGGGUCACAGUAUCCAAAUUCAAAGGAAACACAAUGAUCAGUUUGCGCGAGUAUUUUGAUAAAGAUGGACAAAUGUUGCCAACCAAAAAGGGAAUCACAUUAUCAAUGGAGAAUUGGGAGAAAUUCAAAUAAUAUAUCGGGGAGAUUGAUGAAUGCAUAAAUAAAUUAAAAAAAUGAAUUAUGUUUCACGUAGUCCUUAAGUUCCCAUCUAUCAACAGAUAAAGACGUUUGUGCAAGGUCUAGCCCAAAAGCGAAACCAGAAGGUAGUGUUAAAUGAGGUUUAAUCUCUCAUUAAUCAAUUGGGCAUACCUGGUGAAUAGUAUUUCCUGCUUCAACUCCUGGAAAGCAUCGAAAUACAGAAGGAGAAGCAAUCACUCACUCAGAAAGGGUAAUUCCUGGUGUAAUGGCUCCAAUAAGCCUCAUCCAAAUCCCACUUUAUAGAUUACUUCUGUGGUGUGGUUGAAGCAGUGUGUCCUUAAUCCUAAUCCAUCACUGAAUAUUUGUGUGAAUUGUGUAAUGCUCUUAAAGUGCCGGCUCUGGUCCAAAUGAUUAUGUGGUUGUCUAUCACUUUUUCUUCAAAUCAGAAUUUCUCUAAAGAAGGCAUAAAGAUGUUGAAGAAGAAGCUAUAGGAGCCAUUUUAAUAGAAAAAUAAUUUAUAGGUGCCAUAGCACGUAACUCACACAUUAUUGUACCAACUCAGAAACGUCCCUGAAUUGUCGGAUCUUGAAUAAGAAAUUAAAAAUUUCAACGAGUACGUAUAAAAUACAAAAUAGGCGGAUUUAAAAUGUUUGUAUGAUGAUGGCAAAAAGUACAUGAAAUUGGAUCCAGUUAACAUAGAAAUCCCUAAAAUUAAUGAAUGCAUUAAGCCUGUAGACAUUCUUAGAGAAUUAGGACCUUAUACCAGCAAUUUGUCUUAAAUCUUCACAGAAUACACUGAUAGUGAUAUUAUGGAUUGCUUAUUGUAUUUGGCUAAUAACCAGGGCGAGGAUUCUUCUAAAGAUGCUCAUAAAGAUAAAGAUGCUACUAAAGAUGUUCAAUAGUUGUUUAAAUCGACAUCGAAUACCUAAUAGCCAGAUUGGGACUUAUUAUCGUCUAAUGAUGCAAAUAAACAACCAGAAGAUGAUUUUAUUAAAUUCUUUAUCAAUGACAACAACAAACGAUAGUGGUCUUAAGUAUUUGAGAAGUUGGAUAGACCCAAUUUAGAGUUGUCACUGUCAGGAUAUAAUAAUUUAAUGGGAUUCUUAGGCAAAAUUAAGAAAUAAUAAUAACAAUUUUAAUUGCCCCAUAGACUCUUAUUGGACAAAUGGCAUAAUAAGAAAUCUUAGAUCAAUUUUCUUACCUGUAUGUUAAAAGCAAAUAAGCCAGAAUAGUUGUUUUGGAAUGAAAUUUAGCCUAAAAAGCUAGUAGUUAUGGAACACAAUAUUAAUUAUAAAAAUUAAUAAUAAUCGCAAUAUUGGUAAAAUUUAGAGUUUGUUCAAAUGCUAAUAGAAUUGAGUGAGUAUGGAUACAUAGCUGAAAUCAGAGACUUUUUUGAAUCAGCAAUUAAAUAGAACCAAGAUUUAAUAAUAUUGGCUUUAUUCUAAAUUUCACCCACUUAAGGUGGAGCAUUAAUAGAUGAAUUAUUUACAUAGCUAUUUCCUAAUUAUGUAUCAUAACAUGCCAAUUCUUCACCAGUAUUAGAAUAGAUGUGGAAAUUCAAUUAGAAUUUAUUUAUUACUGGAAUCAGUGAGUUAUAUAAGAAAGAAUAUGGGAAGAAAGAAAAUUCAUGUUUAAAUUUAUCAAGGGUCUUGGACAUAGUUUAACAACUCUUUCAAAAUUCCCAGUAAAACAACACAUCAUUGUUAACAAUGGCUAAAUUUGAUGACUAUCAAUUUUCAGUUCCUUUGGGUAUUUUAGCGGGUAAGAGAGAAUACUUGAAUUUUGAUAUUUGGUUGAAUGAGAGAAUUAAAUCUUAAGGUAUUCCUUUUGUUAAUGUACUCCUACAAUACAUAGAUGAAAAUGUUAUUCAAUAAGUUAAGGAGCAUCAAAUAAAAUCUGGGUUACCAAUUGGGUAGUUGGGAUAGAUGCAAAUUUAAUAAUUAGAUUAGAUUUUAGAUAAGGGACAAUUGAAAUUAGAGAUGAUAACAAUCAUUUUUGAGUAGUUGAUGAAUCAAGGGGAUAAAUUGGGAAAUAAGAUUAAACAAACUACAUAAUAGUUUUAUAAGGAACUUGUUCAAGUCUUUCCUUAAUUGGCAGGAUAGCCAAAUUAAAAAACUAAUUAAGAAGUUGAAAGUAAGACAGACAGUUAUUUUGAGAGUUACUACAAUGAGUAAAUCAGUUUGGAAAACUUCUUAAAUUAGAUGGUGUAAUGGAAAACACAGGGAAGUAUAUAAGAGAAAGAAGUAUAUGCUUGCAUAAUAACAAAUUUGUAUAAUGAAUAUCAGUUUCAUUUGAAAUACCCUAAGAAGGAAUUGGAAUUAACAGGAUAAUUAUUUGGAGGAGUAUUGGAAAGAGGAUUGGUAGAAGGUCAAAGCAUUUAGAUAGGUUUGAGGAUAAUUUAAGUGUCAUUAAAGAACAACACAUAGAGAUAUGAGUUUGCUGUUAAGGCAUUGGAAGUAAUGAAAAAUAAAAUAUAUGAAUGGCCUUGGUUCGCAUAAGAAGUUAUGGCAUGCGAACAAUUAUCUUUUAAGAAUCCAGAUCUUUUGGCAGAUAUAAUUAGAGUGUGUGAAAAACAUGGAAUAAAAUCCCCUUUGUAACCUGCUCCACCAAUAUAGACUGUUUUUCAUAAGCCGCUCUAAUUGGUAGCUUAGAAAGAGAAGUAAGAAGAGGAACCAAUUUAAUUGACUUUAAAGAAAUCUGAAUCAGUCCCUGUUCAAUAGACACAUCCAGCUCCCAUUGUGGUUCCAGCAGUAGUUCAACCCAUACAAAUUCCUACAUAAUAACCGUAACCUGUAAUAGUACCUCAAUAACAACCAGUUACCUAGGUUCAAUAACAUCAAUAAAUUCAUUUACAAUCAGUCACUCCUCCUCCAACCUUAUAGAAGUCCUCAUAAUUACCAGUUUAACAUACACCUUAACCUUAAAAAUAGAAAUCUGAGGAUAGCAAUACAAACAUUAAUCUCACCUACAAACAAAUAUUAUAAGUGGAAUUCGAUGAGUUUUAAAGAUGUGGAGCAGAUUCAGAAGUCAAGGAGUAUUUUACUUUCACUUUGAACAGCAUCUCCUAGAAUAAUGUUGAGUAGAAGGCAGCUGAAAUAAGAUAGAAAUUAGAAAACUAGGAUGCUUUGUUCUAUUUCAUUAAAACAAUUGCCUAUUUACGUUCUCCAAUGGCACAAUAAUAAGCAUAAGGUCCGAAUGUAAUGUGUUGUCUACUUGCUGCAUUGAAUAAAUCGAAAUAUUUCUCUGAAGUAGCCAAGGAAGUCAGCAUAGGAUUAACAAGAUUACUGACCUUCAAUAAAACCAGUCCUUCUGCAGAUGAUCGAAGUACCAUUAAAAACAUGGGUAGUUUCUUGGGUCAAAUAACAGUAUCCAGAGACAAACCUUUCUUGUUUAAGUAUUUUGAUUACAAGACAUUAUUAAAAUAAAAUCAACUCACUAUUUAUCCACUUUGUAAAAUCUUGGAAUAGGUUAAAUCUAGUCAAAUUUUCACUAAAAAUAAUAAGUGGGUAAAUAGAAUCUUAUAAGAAUUGGAUGCUGCUAAAGAAACAUGCAAUACAAUGGCCAAGUAUGAAAUCAUGAAUCUACUUAAAUCAAUCGAAUAUACGGUCUAACCUAUAAAUCCAACACCCACUCCUAUUACUAUACCAAAUCCGGUUGUUCCAACGAUAACAUAACCUAUUGUUUAACCAAUCAUGGAUAUGGAUCCACUUAAUAAAUUGAAUAUCAAGAAUCUACCUCAAUAUGUGAUGGCUGAUUCUAAAAACUUAAAUGACAAAUUGAAUGAGGCUGAUUGCAAAAAUCUUGUGGCUACAGCCUUAGAUCAUGCCAUAUCUGAUAUCAUUCCACCUGUUAUUAGCAGAAGUGUUACUAUAGCAUUAAUUACAACUAGAGAACUAGUUUUUAAAGAUUUCGCUCUCGAACCAAACGAAAAACACAUGUUAAGAGGAAUGCAUAUGAUAGCUUCUCAUUUAUCAGGUAGUUUGGCCAUGGUUACUUGCAGAGAACCCUUAAAAGUCAGGAUCACCCAUUAUCUCAAAGAAGGAAUUGAAUAGAUUGAUCUUGACAAUAAAACCAAAGAAACUUUUGUAUAAACUGCUGCAUAAGAAAAUUUAGAUCUAGGAUGUGCUCUGAUCAGAAAAGCAGUUAUAGAAAGAGCAUUGGAGGAUGUCAAUUAAGAUCCUUCCAUUUUGGAAUAAUUAGAAAAGAGACAACGAUGCAAAGAGAAAGGCUAACAAUAUAGAGAUGAAAUCACUUAAAAUCAACUAAAAUUCUUACCUGAACCAUUACAACCAAGAAUCUCUGGUUUGACUGAAGAAGAAAUUAGAAUCUAUGAAGAAUUUGGUAAUAAGAAGAAAUAGCCUAAAUAAUCAGUCUUGCAAAAGGUUUCUACUCUCUGUUAACUACUCUAAGACCCAUAGAGCAAUGAAGAAAAAAUUUAACAAUUAAUUCAAGAUUUAAAUGAAUAGGAUUAAUCGAAUCCGGAGCAAUUUUAUAAGGAUUUGGCUGAUAAAUUUUUAUAGGUUAUCUUAACCAAUAACUUGACUUCAGAGAAGAUCUCUAUCUCCUUGGAUUUGAUUACUAUCCUUAUAAGAAAGAUAAAUGAAAAAGUUGGUAAGAAAUGGAGUGAAUUGGUUAUUGAAUUCAUUACUAAAAACAUCGAACUCUUAGAACAUAGUCCAUUAUGGUGGUAAGCAUUCCCUAUUAUGUUGAAUAAAAGAUUAAUCUAAAUGUAGGAGGCUGAAUAAGUGAUGACUCAAAUUCUCACUAAGGACAAUCAAAUGAAUGUUAGUUCCAUUGUAUUCAUACUUAGAAAGGUUAUAAUUGAAGAAGAUAAUAAUAAUAGUGCAUAUUUGAAUUAAUUCAAACCUAUUUUUAAAGAACUCAGUAAAAAGAAAGACACUAAUCCAACAGUCUCUAAAUUCUUUAUGGAACUUACUAGUUUUGUCUCCAAUAACCCUUAAACUAAGGUUUUCUAAAAGAAAUUAAAUUUAAUCAAAGGUUUCUAUUAAAAAAUUGAUGAAGAAUUUUCGAAUAAAUUAUCUCUCAAAUUGAAACAAUGGUACUAAUUAAGUUCAGAGGAAGAGUUCAACAACUUUUUUAGAGUUGAAGGAGAAAGCCAAUUCUUUGUUGAAGAUUAAUUGAGUAAGUUCUGUGCAUAUGCAAUUGAAUUGAGUAUGACUGAUGUGAAUAAAGAUUAUAUGGAUCACUCCUAAAUUGAAUAAUUAGGGAAGAUGCUUACAAUGAUGUCUAAGGGACUUGACCCAAAGAUGAAACCUAAAUUUUUUGAAAAACUAUUUGAUGGAUGUUUAAUGGUACUCACAAAGUUACAUGAAGCCACUAAAUAGAAAUUUAAUUAAAGACAAUUAUUCAAACUGUUUUAUAAUUUACUUUUUGAUUUACAAAUUUUGGAUGAAGAGAAUAUUAGAUUAUUCCAUAAUAAAUUUGCUGAGUUUUUAGAAAAGGUUGAACCAAGUCUGUAUCCAGGAUUCUCUUAUGCUUGGUUAGAAUUACUUUGCAAUAGAUAUUUCUAAUAGAUUAUAACUACAAAUGAGAAUGCCUAUGCAAGGUUGAUCAUUAAAUUAUUAGAAUUUGUGAGGGAUACUAUUACUGAAGAAACUAUCUAAUAUCAUUAUGUCUAAGAGUAUCUUAAGGGAGUGACAAGAUUAUUUAUGCUUUUGUUGACUGAUUAGAGAAAAUUCUGCAGUAAGUAUGCCUUCAGUUUUGCAGAUGAAGUGCCUUUCAAUCAUGUGUAAUUAUUAAAUUUCAGUUUGGCUGCUUAUCCCAAUGAUCAAACUGAUGAUCCUCAAUCUUGCACCAAUAUUUAUGACAUUGCAGAUGCUCAAUAAUUUGGACAAGUUGUUCAUGCUUGUUUUGAAGAACCUACCUAAACCAAAAUCAAAGAGGAAAUCCAAUUCAUGCUAAAUAUGAGUGAUGAAGACUUGAAAAUCAAGGUAAGUAAGUAUUUUGAUUAUGAUCAAAAAUCUAAGUUACCAACCACCAUUUCAGGUUUUUUCCUUUUAUUACCAAGACAUGAAAAUCUCACUAUUCAAUAGCAAAGAGCUUUAUUAACAAGAAUAAUAAAGCAUUCAAGUUUUGCGAUUAGAAACAAUGUGAUAAAUGUAAUAUUGAAUUAAAUUCGUUAUCCUGAAAGGGCUACUGAAUUCUAUAUUCGAUACAUCCUAUCACAAUUCAUUGUUGGGGACAAUUCCUAAAUUUAAGAAUAAUAUACGACAUUGAUCACUAAACGUUUCUUAUCGGAAAACCCCAAGACUUGGGGAAUGCUUUACUUGCAUGAGGAAUUAAAGAGAACUCAAUCUAAUAACAACCAAUACAAAUAGUAUUAGAUUCAAAGACAAUGA